GUCGGCGCGUGUGAGGGCGGGCCCCGGAGGCGCCCAAGCCAAUGGCUCUCCGCGAGAGGCCGGGGGGCGGGGAAGACGGCCGCCGCGUGCCCAACCCGAGGCCCGGGAGGUGGUUGGGGAGUGAAUCUUCUGGAAGGUGGCUUUAAAGGUGCCGGGCCAGCGCGAAGGGCGUUUCGGUGCCGCCGCUGCUGUCGUCGCCGUCGCCCGGGCCGGGGAGGAGGCGCGUUGGAAGCAGGAAGCGAGCUGCGCUGAGGUCGUCGCGGUAGCAGCCGGUGACUCCCGCAGGAUGAACCACAAGAGCAAGAAGCGGAUCCGCGAGGCCAAGCGGAGCGCGCGGCCGGAGCUCAAGGACUCGCUGGACUGGACCCGUCACAACUACUACGAGAGCUUCUCGCUGAACCCGGCGGCCGUGGCGGAUAACGUGGAAAGGGCAGACGCAUUACAGCUGUCGGUGGAAGAAUUUGUGGAGCGAUACGAAAGACCUUACAAACCCGUGGUUCUGCUGAAUGCCCAAGAGGGCUGGUCUGCGCAGGAGAAAUGGACCCUGGAGCGCCUCAAAAGGAAAUACCGGAACCAGAAGUUCAAGUGCGGUGAGGAUAAUGACGGUUACUCAGUGAAGAUGAAGAUGAAAUACUACAUCGAGUACAUGGAGACGACUCGAGAUGACAGCCCCCUUUACAUCUUUGACAGCAGCUAUGGCGAACACCCCAAAAGAAGGAAACUUCUGGAAGACUACAAGGUGCCCAAGUUUUUCACUGAUGACCUUUUCCAGUAUGCUGGGGAGAAACGCAGGCCCCCUUACAGGUGGUUUGUGAUGGGGCCACCACGCUCUGGCACCGGAAUUCACAUCGACCCUCUGGGAACCAGUGCCUGGAACGCCUUGGUUCAGGGCCACAAGCGCUGGUGCCUGUUUCCUACCAGCACGCCCCGGGAACUCAUCAAGGUGACCCGCGAGGAAGGCGGGAACCAGCAAGAUGAGGCCAUCACCUGGUUUAGCAUCAUUCACCCCCGGACCCAGCUUCCCACCUGGCCGCCCGAGUUCAAACCCCUGGAGAUCCUACAGAAACCAGGAGAGACGGUGUUCGUGCCAGGAGGCUGGUGGCAUGUGGUCCUUAAUCUGGACACCACCAUUGCCAUCACCCAGAAUUUUGCCAGCAGCACCAACUUCCCCGUGGUUUGGCACAAGACGGUAAGAGGAAGACCAAAGUUGUCGAGGAAAUGGUACAGAAUCUUGAAACAAGAGCACCCCGAGCUGGCGGUCCUGGCAGACUCCGUUGACCUUCAGGAGUCCACGGGCAUCGCCUCCGACAGCUCCAGCGACUCCUCCAGCUCAUCCAGCUCCAGCUCCUCGGACUCCGACUCAGAGUGUGAGUCCGGGUCUGAAGGGGACGGGAUGACGCACCGCAGGAAGAAGCGGCGGACGUGCAGCAUGAUGGGAAACGGGGACACCACCUCCCAGGACGACUGUGUGAGCAAAGAGCGCAGCUCCUCCAGGAUUAGGGACACUUGUGGAGGCCGGGCUCACCCCUGAGCAGAUACAGAGACUGUCCCUGAGGUGGCUUCCUGUGUGCGCGGUUGGCGGCCGCCCGGCUCCGUCUUCACGUCCUCUGCUCCCUCCUUCUCCUCUGUCUUCUUUGAAUUUGGAUAAUCCUUCUCUGGUCCGAGCUUCUGUCUUCAGUCAAACGCUGUUUUCACUGCUUCCUAAGACUCGAUGGCCACGAACUUGAAACGCUCCCCAGGCUCGGCGAGACCCGAACACCAAAGGCCCGGGUGCCGCUGGGGAGGAGGUCUGCGCUGCCUCCUUUAAGCCGCGCUGCUCCACUUCGAGGCCCGAGGGCCGUGACCUGCUGAGCGUCUCCUGCGGCCGAUCCGUCGCCGGCCGCGUUGGUGCAGAACCUCCGCCGUCCAGGCACACAAGCGGGCCCUGAGCGGCGUGUGGACACAGACUUGUGUGCAAGCCAGUUAGAAGGGCCACACGGGUGCCCCCUCCCUGUCGGUCACCCUUGGUCGGGAGCCUGGCUCAGUGGCCGCGACCCAGCCGGGCGCGUGGCCCCCGCUCCCGGCUGUGAGCACUGUCCUGUGACGCCUUCCCUUCUCUCCGCCGUCAGAGCCUCUUGCGUCCCACCGGUGUCUGGGUGCAGGGUGUUUUGAGGGGGAAGGAUGACACGUCAGGGGUUUUGUGUGGGAACAGCGGGACAGGACAGGUGUUUGGUGUGUUCUUGUCACAGAGCGUAAAGGGUGCACGGGGGCCCCUUCUAACAGACGCAUCCUGUCCUUUCCUACCCCGUGGCCCAGGCCUUAGAGAUGCCAUGAUGAGCGUCCCUCUUUGACCAGCAGACAUUAGGCGGGUGGCUGGGGCUGCACGUCUGGAGUGCGUUCCCGUACGCUGGCUCUCAUCUUGGGAGCCGCCGGGCUUCUCGGUCGCUGCGGCAUGGAUGCUUGGGGGUCGCCCAGCCGGUCCCAUUGCCCUCGUCAUAAUCCGUCCCUAAGUUCAACUACCUUUAAAGUAAGAGGGGGCUUGUCAGGGACGUGCCCAGCAGGAGGCCCCGAGCAGGCUGCCCUCUUCCGGGUGGGAGUGCGGGCCAGGGUGUCAGCAGCCGAAAGAGCUCCCCCUGCGGUCUCCCGGACGAGCAGUGCGCACACGCGGCCCGGGACCCGUGGUGUCGCCUCCCCAGAUCCCCCCUGAACAUGGAUUCGAGCUGGGGACUCCAGGGCUCCUCUGUGCAGAGGCUGCAUUUUUAAUAGACUGGUUAUCGUUUCUGGAUGCGAGGUCGGCCACGUGGCUUUACUCCAGGAGGCCAGGCCCUGUUUUGUCUCAGUUUCCUGCGUCCUCAAAUGCCGAUCCAAAGAAGUGGCCGGACUGGACGGAGAACAUCCGCCACCGUCCUCAGUGUUGGCAGCUGUCACCUGCCCUCCUUUCCCCGCCACGGCUCAGGCAGCCCGGGCGCCAGGGUGUGCGAGGCUGUGAGUGACCUCAGACGUGACUUGUAAUCUGUUUGCAUUAGUACCUGAAUGGUGUUCCUCCUCCUCCUUUUUAAAAGUUUCUUGCCAUCUUCAAAAUGCUUUUUUCUUUUCCCCAGUAUUGCCACGGGGCCCUCUCCCCGUCCUCUCAAAUUCAUACCAACUGCCCUCUAACCUCCUUCUCGAGGAAAAACAAAAGCAAAAGGCUGUUUGCCGCCAGGGGGCAUGGUGGGACACGUUUGUCCUGCCUGGGACAGGGUAGUGUGAUUUGUUCCUGUUGACAGACAGCACUCAGAAAUAAGGGACCCAGCUCAUCUGACCCCAGAUUACACACUGUCAUUCGGCUCUCGCCGGCCCACAGAUGACCACGGGCCAGGCUUCGUUUUAGCCAGGCCCGGAUUCAGCACCUCUCACCCCACCCGUUAAACUGUCACCAUGGGCCAGCGAGCACCCCAGUAUGGAAAUAAAGCAGGGAUGGGGUGUGGGAACCGUGAGAAGGGAGUGGAGUGAUAGCCAGGCCCUCAGGACAAGGUAGAAGGUGGGGGCCAGGGGCCACCUGUUCUGAUGUUAACCCUUCUGCCCAGGUGGCCUGAGCUGCCCCUCUGUGUGCCAUCUGCGGCAGUGAGGCGGGGUACCGCGUGAAACUACUUCUAGGGAUUCUUGAACUUAAAACCAACAAGCCGGGUCCUGAACAAGGGCUCUUGGACCAGUAGCAGCUGAUAGGAGCAGGUGGAUGAAG